GUGCCAUUCGGCCCGCCAGUGAGCGUGCCGUGUACUCGCAGCUAGCUUCUUCAUGUGAGCUGUCAGAGGAGUCUGUUUUACCAGGCAGGCAGUUUUACCCGCUGUAUCGGGGAGCAAGAUACUUUCAAGGGACGGGAGUUGGUCGGAAAGAGACAUGGCGACACCUGGCCAGUGUAUUGUGAUCACUGAUGAGGAGCAAGGGUACGACCUGGACCUCUUCUGCAUACCAAAGCACUAUGCAUGUGACUUGGAGCGGGUCUACAUCCCUCAUGGACUCAUUUUGGACAGGACAGAGCGAUUAGCAAGGGAGAUUAUGAAGGAAAUGGGAGGGCAUCACAUUGUAGCCCUCUGCGUGCUGAAAGGAGGCUACAAGUUCUUUGCAGACCUCCUGGACUACAUCAAGGCGCUGAACCGGAACAGUGACCGCUCCAUCCCUAUGACAGUGGACUUCAUUCGCCUCAAGAGCUACUGUAAUGACCAGUCAACAGGAGAAAUCAAAGUCAUUGGAGGAGAUGACUUGUCUACUCUGACAGGCAAGAAUGUGCUGAUUGUCGAGGAUAUUAUCGACACGGGAAAGACCAUGAAGACAUUAUUGCAACUCCUCAAACAGUACAAUCCUAAAAUGGUUAAAGUGGCAAGUUUGUUGGUGAAGAGGACGCCAAGAAGUGUUGGGUACAGACCAGACUUUAUAGGCUUUGAGGUUCCUGACAAAUUUGUGGUGGGGUAUGCGCUAGACUACAACGAGUACUUUCGAGAUCUAAACCAUAUCUGCGUCAUUAGCGAAACAGGGAAGGAGAAGUACAAGGCAUGAAGAGCACCUUUAUAUAUAUUUUUUGAUUGGCUGGUUCGAUUUUAAAGACCAAUUUUAUUUUUGAGUGCAUCAUUUAAGAAAUGCUGCCUGCUCAGGUUUGGAUGCAGAGAUAUGACAGGUGACGUUUGCCCAUGUUUUUUCCCUCCAUAUUGCCAGUACUGGCAAAUUUUAGCUUUUGCAACUUGAGUUUUUAGCGCCUCAGAAUAAGAAUGUACAGCAAAUAUAUAAAUAUGCAAAACUGUGUACAAUAAGUAGCCAAGUCAACAAUUAACCUUUCUGAAAGUUCAGAAUCACAACCAGGCAGCAAUCCUUAUGUUUAACUUUUGCAUUGGUUUGAAUUGAUUGUUAUUCUUAUUUUUUUUUCAGUUGCUUGAUAAGUUAUGAUUACUAUUCCUGUCAACGAUGGGUCAAUACAUCCCAUUUUAGUUAUCUUACACAUUUUAAUCGAUCUUCGCUUAUUACUGCUAGUGAUUGCCAAUGAUUGCUGGACUACUGUUGAUGUACUACUGUACAGUACAAGCGCAUGCUGCUAAAGUUUCAUAGAACAACAUUGAGGCAAUUUUCUCUUUAUCAAGAUUGUUGCUUUAAUUGAUUUCACAUUUCAUUAUAAUAUGCUAAUUAAAUAAGUUGGUACAUUUAUGGAAAAUGAACACACAAAAAAGAUAACCCCACACAUCAAAUUCAAUAAGAUUACAAUUGACGCAAUUCAGGCUUUGCAGAUGACCGUACGUAACCUGGAUGACUUCAUAGCAGAAACAUUGAUACGUUUUAAAUAGUACAACAAAUGUAAAGAAAUUAUUGCUAUUCACUAUUGCUGUAACUAUUCACAAGAUAAAAAGCACGCUGCAAAAGUUGAAUUACAAAAAACUGAUGAAUGAAACACUGGCCACAAGAAAAAAAUGAAAAUGCAUUAGAGCAUUGGGAAGGGUCAUGUUCUGUGACCCCAGUUUUUAUUGUUGUUAAAAUAAUUAGAAUAUAAAGUGCUUUAACGCUGCUAGCUAGUUUAUGUGACUAUUGUUGAACCCCCCCACCAAAAAAAGUUUGUUGGUCGGCUUUUACCUGAAACUAACAGUUGUAUGUUAUUUAUGACCACAUUUCAAUAUUUUUAUUUUACAAACUCUGUAUGUCAUGGGAAUCCACUUUUGUAAAUUGUCAGUUUGGAAAUUUGCCAUAUAGUAUACUACCUGUCAGUUGAAUAAUGAGUGAUAUAAAUAUCCUUUUUUUUUUGUUUUGUUUUCAAGCUGUCUUACUAGGACAGAUCUGACCAAUGUGUUCAGUUUCCUGUUUUUUUUUUUUUUUUUUUUCUUUUUUUUUUUUGGGUCACUCAAGCGAUCCACCAGUGUUGCCAGCUACUAUUACAUAUGACUGUGUCUUUUGCUGUGCUGCUCAAUAAAUAUGCACACAUUGCCUUGUU